CUUCAAUUCUGGACUUAGAUGCCAAAUCUGGGUCGCUGACAAAUUUAUCUGCAGUGCUAGAUGGCAUUUUCUUCUCCACAUCCAAUAUAGAGAACACACAAGCCCAAACACAGGCAUGUUAACUUAUUUUAAAGAUUUUUGUUAAUAAAUUAUUUUUUAAAAUAACUGUCACCUUUUUAAAAGUUUUAUACACUACAUAAGCUAAGAAAAAAUAAAUGACGUAAUAGAAUGUUAAAGAUAAUGAAAUCUCUACAUUUAUUUUUUUUUUAAAGUACAACCAAAUUAACUUUUUAAAACAUGUUUUCUUUAUUUUAACAGUAUUUAAACCAUGAAUUGUUUAUUUUUAGGUGUAUAAAUCUCAAGCAGAAAGUCUCAACAGCUCCAUCAAUGAAGUGCUCAGCAUGGCAGAGAAAAGUAAUGCAGAUUCAGCCACUAAUUUGACCGCUGCUAAACUGGCAGCAACCAACACUAACAUUAUAUACAGUUCCAAUGCGGCCAUUGUGAUGCCAGCCAGAGACACCCUUCCCUUCCCUACUGGUAUUUAGAUAAUACUUUGACAUUUUAUGUCACAUAAAUCCACUUGCUUUAUGUAUAACACUAUUGUACUUUAGGAUUAUAAUUAAUCCUGUUUUAUUUUUUUUUAAAUCUUUUAAAGCUAAAGGUAAGGUCAAGCUUGAAUACAAGGCAAUACUAUAAAUGAGUUUGAAAAUUUCAUUACAAGACAGAAAAUGAAAAAAAAGAAAUUAUGAGAAAAAUAUAAAUAAGGCUUAGCUCUAUAAAAAGGUAAACUAGGGGAGUGGGGGAGGUUUGUGAAAGAGGAGGAGGCUAUGCUAGAAUUUUUUUAAAGUAGAUAUCUUAGGUUUCACUUUACUCUACUUUUCCUUGCCUUUUAUUUUUUUCCUCAUUGCCACCUCUUUUCCUAUGCUGUCCCAAUAUUCUCCACCACCAAUUUUCUUAACAUCAACCUGAAACUCAUUUUUGCUUAUCUCACACAAAGAAAGUUUCCUUUACGUAGUCUUUCUUUCUGAAAUCGUUGAAAUUACUCUUCAGAUUUAUUUUCUGUUAUACUAUUUUGCCCUCUGAUAGAUGUUACUAGCCAACACAUCUGUUGUUUUGUAUAUUCUUGUAUAGCCAUAUUUGACUAUAAAUGUAUUAUAUAAUGUAUUAUAUUUUUUAAUGAUUUUGUAAACAAUUUUGUUUGCAUCCUAAUUAUUUCAUACACUUUAUUCUAUCAUAUAAAACAUCUCUUUGCUAUACAAAACAUCUGAAUGCCAUACAAAACAUCUGUUUGCGAUACAAAAUGCCACUCAGAAAAGAUAGCAAUAAUAAGAUAUUAUUACCCAUAAGAAUGCUUACUGAUAUCUUGUGAUGACACUUAGUCUUUUAUUGUCAUCUAGGUGUCACUAAUUAUGGAAAUGGCGUGACAGUACUAAAUAGUUUACUGUCAACCAUUCCCCUACUGAUUGACAGCAUAACACCUGACAUCAGCCAAUCAGAAGCCUAUGUGGUUACUCUAGGGGAUGAUUUGAAAGAACUGAACAGGUUGGCAGUUUCAUGUUAUUUCAAAAAUAAUUAUCUGUCUUGUGAUUUUUCCUAAAGUCUCUGGAUGUCGAGAUUUUUUAGAUACAUUUUUUUUUAUCAUUAGACUUUACCAAGGCUGUAGGCCUAAUCUUCAUUACCUGAAUUAUUUUCACUUUUCUAAUCACCUUUAUAUUUUCAAAUAAAUGGAGGCCAUUAAUUUUAUAUUUAAGGAUUAUACUAAAUUCAGAUUAUAACUUGUUGGCUCUAUCGUUACUUUGGAGAUGGUGUCGGUGGGUCGUUGAGUUUGCACUCAUAAUACCCGCCCCCCCCCCCCCGGCACUCCCCCAAAUGGGCCAAGGCCUCCCCCGAAGCCCCAGACCAUGCGGAAGUGCGCCGGGAACUUCCCUCACUGGCCUGAGGGACGUCCGGCAGACAGAGGGCGCUGCGUUUAAAGCAUCCGUAGUCCGCUCUCCUAUGGGUCAGGAUGGCUUUACUUCCUCUCCUGAGAGGUGGUGUUGCGUUACCACUCCCCACUGCCCAGGGAGCUGUCGGGUCGGGACGUAGCGGGGACGAAACGGUCGCCUAGGGGCGGCUUUCUCAGGGCUGCAUCUUUUUAAUCAUUGACAAGGGUUUGGGCGGCCACCCAUUGCCUCAUACCCAUCAACGGCAACAAGUAAUCAUGUUAGCGCUCAACUUCCGUUGCGUUGGAAGUCAUGCGUUUUGCCUGGGAUCUUUUAGCUUCAGAAGGAAAACUCCCCCCUACUAGUCGGGCAUCCCACGAAGAGGCAAGAUCCCGUGUAACACCACCGAGAGGCUUGUGGUGCUGGGCAAGGAUUUUCCAGAAGUCCACCCUUGCCCGCCCGUGUUGGCUCUAUCAAUGAGUUUGAAAUAAUUGAGGUUUCUAUAUUAGUAAAAUGAAUAUCACUGUACCACUAAACACUUCCCACUGAUAGGAAACCAUGAUCUAUGGUUAAUUUUAAUAUGUGAAAUUUUAAUGUUGACAUGCAUUCUUUCUACAUUAUUUAGAAAUUUAUUUUCUUUUACUUUUUUUUUCUUCAACUACCAGAAAAAUGUUUAAUAUGUUAUUUUACUCUCAGAUCUAAAAUGACAAAAGCACCUCCCAAACUUGCCAAUAUUUCAAAAUAACCUCAAGAUGUUGGCUAAAGACUGGAAAUAACAUAUGUUUAAAAUCUCAGUUGGUCUGAUGUAUUUACAUUCCAACAGCACCUACCAAAACAUAACAUCUGUGGGGAAGCUGGCAGUAGCAACAAUGAAAAACUUUGACAAUGUUAUCAGAGACAUUAACAGUUCCGUAGCCAUGGCAACUAAUGCUGAACAGCUGAUCAAGGAAGUGCAGGGCAAUAUGUCAGGGACUGCUCUAGACUUACUGCAAGAACAAUACGGAACUGAGAGGAACAUAAGUGAGGAAUUGAGGAACACGAUAAUGGAGCUUGAUUAUCAACCACAAGGUUUUCAUUUUAUUUCCUAUCAUAAAUUAUGAUAAUAAAAAAUGUCUUCUUAAUGAAUAACAAUUCUUUAACUGAAUUCAAACAGAAUAGACAAAAGCGGUGGGACUUUUGCUAGAGGCAACUGAAAAUAAAAAAAUAGGUGUAUGCAAAGCUAAUUAAUGUUAAAUUAUAUGAAACAACUGUUGAGUAAUUAUCAAGUUAGCCAACAAAAUCUGGGGUAUUAGAAAAAGUUCGCUCUGAAAUUCUUAACAGCUUUGUAAAUCUUUAUAUAAGAGCUAUCAAGACAUUCUUUAACUGAACUAUUAAUUUGAAUUUCAAAAAUAGUAGCUUAUAAAAUGUUAAGAAAUAUUUUUUUCAAUUAAAUCAAAUUUGGUUUUAAUGUUUUCGCGUUAAAAACUACAAUGUUUAAUUAACAUAUUAUUUUAAAAAAAAUUAAAAUAGCAAUUUUGUGUUAAAAAUAGUUUUACAGAAUGCAAUUGACACAGCCAUGUCUAGACUGGACAAAGAGGUAUCACAGUGGCAAGUGGCAGAUGCAGCACUAAGUACACUGACUACUGCUGCUUUAAAUCUGAAUACACAGAUAAAAGGUGAUAUCUAAAGAUAAUUAACACUAAUAAGAGAUAUCUAAAACUUAAAAAAAAAAAUUAUAACACAUUUUAUUGUUUUAUCUUAAUCAAUUAUUUUUUGGAAGAAAAGAAAAUUAUGUGAUAUUUAAAAAAAAUUUUUGAAACAAAAAAGGAUGUUGUGCACAUUUUAUUUUCUGUUUAUUUGAAAGUAAAAUUAAGUAAAUAAAACACAAUACCCAGAACAGCUGUACAGGUGGUAUCUAUCUUUGAUUUUCUUAGUAUUUAUUCAACACAUUCUUCCCACUCAUUCCUAUCUCAGGUAUCUUAAAGAGCUGUGCAAACCAACAUUUUUCAAUGACAUUUUUAUGAUUUAUAUUGUUAUAUUUGUGUAACAGACCAUGUUUGCACACGAAACCAUUGAGUCAGAGAGGUGGCAUAAUUUGAAUAUUGAACUAUGUUAACGUGUAUUUUUCACAGGGAAAGAGUAAAUUUUGUUUUUGAAAAGCAGAAGUGAGCCGCACGUUUUGUUGAGUGAUCAAGGGGCAGUAUAUCGGAUGUCGUAGUUAAGAGAGGACGUGGUUGAUUUUCUGGGAGUUGAAUUUUCUAUACCAUGGAAUAAUAUAUAUAUAUACAUAUGGAAAAUAAUUGCAUUGUGGAUGUUAUUAACUGGAUAUUUAUGCAAGGAUUCUUCUUAAUAUUAUUAUUGUAAAAGAUGACGUAAUAAAGUACUGUGAGUUUAAUUGGAAAUUAAUAUACUUCUUUGUGUGACUGGCUAAGUGAGUGAAGGAAUGGAAGAAGUAUUACUCUACACAAGCCGGCAUCCUGAAUCAUCAAUAUAGAAGCAGUUAACCAUGCUACUGACACAACACCCUAAUAAAUAGCAUGUCAGAAGCAUGUGUUACAAUUUGAAUUUAUCAGUAUCAAUUAAUUUAAGAUCUGCUGAUCUGGAUUUUUUAUGGUGACUUCUAAUUUAGCCUUUUUUGUUAACCAUUAUUUCCUAGAAGGUUGGGUUUGAAUAGAGUUAAAAUGUCUUCCUCACUACCUUGACACAGGUUCACAAAUAAACAGUGUUUUGAAGGUAGCUACACAGAAGGUCCAAAAUGCAUUGGCCACAGCUGAAUCAGUUGCUGGAAGUGUUACCACUCAAGAGAGUACCCUUCACCAGAAGCAAGGGGAAAUAGAGAUCAUACAGAAGGAUAUUAUCAGGGCUCAGGACAUGCAACAAUCUGUUCAACAGGCCUGUAAGUUAUCCUAUAACAGAAGACAUGAGAAAUUUAACAUUUAUUGCUGAUUACCAUAAGGGCUAAUACAAUAGGAAAGCCCCCACAAAAAAAAGAUUUAUCAAUUUAUUACAAUUGUCUAGAAGAGGAAAAUCCGAUAAACCAUUAAGAGAAACUUAUAACACUAACUUAACCCUCUUAAAGUAAUACUAGAGUGCUUGAUUUUACCAUGUUUCGUACCCAGAGAAUAUGGUACAUCUGAUAUCAGCAUAAUUUUGUGUUUGUUUAACUUUCAUUAGAGAGUUAGCUCCCUGGACUUCUCAAGGUCAUUUAACGGAUUCUUAUGUUAAGUUUUCCUCCUGUGAUUUUCUUAAUUCACUUACAAAGCAGUUUACCUGUUGAGCCAAAAUGUUAGGUUCUGUUUUGAUUUUCUUGAUUCUUUUAAAUAGCAGUUUACCUGUUGAGCCAAAAUGUUAGGUUCUGUUUUGAUUUUCUUGAUUCACUUAAAUAGCAGUUUACCUGUUGAGCCAACAUAUUUGGUCAUUUGCUCAGACUUGUCGGGCACAAAUUUUUGUGACAGAAUUUUUGCUUGUUGAGGACACCAAAGUGUUUAUUAAUAUGAGCUUUCAUUUUCUAUUUACAAAUUCCACCACCAAGAUGCACAGAUUUGAGUUAGAUCCCAUUAUGUUUAAAUAUUGUGACCUGUGUUAUGUUGCAAUUGUUUCUAAAUUUUCAGAUAUAAUAUGACUGCAUUCAGUUUUCAAUUCCUAAUACAUUUUGUACCAAUGUGCCAUGGAUAUUAACCAUGAAUGAAUCUAAUGAACUAAGUAAACCAUUAUAUAAAAGAAGAUUAAGGAUAUGCUCAGUGGUGGACUGAAGCAUCCAAGCAUACGGGGACAAAAAUCUUUCAGUAGGAUUUCAUGACUAAGUUUUAUAGUAAUGUGGAAGUAGCCGAGGCAGCAUAUGUAUCACAGACCCUCACAGCCCACUAGGAAUUUUCCCAGUGUCUAGGUGGCCCAGUCCAUCCUUCGUGUGCUUUUUACCUUUAAAAUUCAAGUAAUGUUCAUUAGUGUAGCUUUAUUUGCUACCAUUUGUUCAGAUUAAUUCCUACCAUUUUUUAAGAUUAAUUUCAAAGCAGGGAUUCAGUUUAGAAAUGAUAGCCAUUAUAUAAAAAACAAAUUAUUACCAUAUUUCUCCUUCUAGGUGCCAAAGAAAUUUUAAACAGUUUUAUUUUAAUGCUAUAAAAUUCAACAAAACUAAUGUUUCAGUAAAAAACCAUCAAACUGAGGAUGAUGCAUUCAAACAGAAUGUGAGCCAAGCUAGCUCUCUGUUACAAAAAUCCGACCAAUCCAUCAAAAAUAUUGACAAUAAGAUUAAGGACUUGGAAAUCAAGAUGGAAGAAGCUGAAGUACUUCUGAAUCAAUUACGUCAGCCCUUGAACUUUGAUGGUAAUCUAAGCCUGCAGAUCAAGAAUCCUGAAGCCAACAGACCUCACCUCUAUGAUGAGCUGGUUUUAGAUAUGAGGAAACCUGGCAACUUCACAGAUGGAGUUGUUGUAUUUGUGGACAAUCCCACAACAGGUAGCUAGCUACUCAUUACUUUGAAAUAAAUUUGAAAACAAGGAUCCACUAUUUGUAAGGGGAUAAUUUAAUUCAUUAAGACACAAUUAAACAAAGCUUUAUCAUACUUGGUUACUGAAGGUCCAACCCUCUUCUAUUAUGCUUCACUAAAGGAAAAGGAUACUAGACAUUAAAGUAAAUGUAAUUUCAAGAUAUUUAAGCAAGACUCUUUUUUUUUUUUAGAUUUAUAAAUCUGAACAGAAGAUACACAUUAUUAUCUUUAUAGGAAAAAUUUAAAUGGCAAAAUUAAUUUAGUAUAAUUUGUAUUUUCUUUUUUUACAAUUUCAAGAAGCUUGCUUUAAAAUAAUUUGACGUAGAAUUUGUAGCAUGUUACAAAAAACAUUAUUGAUCGUUUAUCAAUAAAUUAAAUUUAUCUCUUUUAACAUUUUUCAGACAAAAAUGGGGGGUGGUGGUUGGUGUUUGCUUAAUUUUUGUUAACAGGUUUAUUUCUUGAUAUACCUGUGUAAAUUGUGUUUCUAUUUGAUUGCAGACUUAGAGGUACAUUAUUUAUAUUGAAAAUAGUCCUUUUGCUAUUACAGGUCCUAUUAUUAUAACUGGUCCUAUUGCUCUAACCAGUCCUACUGUCUUAACUAGUCCUAUUGUAAUAAAUGGUCCCAUUGUUAUUCAAUUUCUCAUCAGCUGCUGAACUGCAAGUGGGAGUUGCCAGCAAUAAAGUCUUUUUUGAGUUCAACAAUGGAGCACAGAUUGUUAGAGUGUCAAGUAGAGCUGAAAUUUGUGAUGUUUGCUGGGCACGGGUGGCUGCAUUUAGGUAGAGUCAUUAAAUACUGCUGUACACACAUACAUAUACACAUACAUAUAUAUGGCAUCUUUCUAUCUUCGUGAGACGAUGGAUUAGCUUAUUUACACUUCAUCAAAUGGCUUAUGAGGCAGAUCCUGGAAUGACAAUCUCAGGUGCACUUCUCGCAGGAUAAACUUUGGCCUUCCAUAAUGCACUGUUUUGUUGCAAGGGCUUUGUUUUGCAUAUCUUCUACCUGCUUGUUUCCUUCAUUCACUGCUUGCCAGCUGGAACAGUCAGUGAUCAGCAAUGAGCUCCCAUUCACUAUUUCUAUGUUGGCUUCCCUCAUGUUUGUUUCUCAAACAUCAUUAAAGCGCAGCCGCUGCCAUCCAGUAAGUCUUUCCCUCUCUACCAACUCUCUCUUCAGCAGAUUAUUUGAAAUACAGCCUUCCUCCAUUCUCCUUACUUGGCCUAACCAGUGAAGGCACCUCUUAACAAGAGCAGAGACCAUACAGCACAUUUUGAAACAUUCCUAGAGCUCUAUAUUUGGCACUUUGUCCUGGCAUCAAAUCGCAAUAUCCGCCACAGACAUAUCUGGUGGAAACAGUUGAGUUUCCACUCACGACUGGCAUAUGUGGUCCACACUUCACUUCCAUAUAGAAGCGUGCUGAGAAAACAUGUCUGAUCAAUAUCAUCAUCAGUGGCGCUACAGCCCAUGUAAGGCCCUGGCCUGCUCCACUACAUCCUUCCAUUUGGAUCGAUCCAUGGCUUUCUGCCUCCAUGAUCAAACCCCCAACUGGUGUAAUUCUUUCUCCACAUCGUUGAUCCUUCUCAGUCUUGGUUGACCGGUGAGCUGUCUGCCCCUAGGCUUCUGCCUGUAUAUCACUUUUGCAGCUCUACAAUCUGACAUCCUGUCAACAUGUCCUGCCCAGCACAGUCUGCCUUUUUUUAUUGUUGUGACUAUGGAUGGGUCUUUGUACAAUUGGUAUAGCUCUUGGUUUGUACGGAUUCGCCAGACGUCAUUGUUAAUCACACAUAUGUCUGUUAGUUAGCUGUAUGUGUAUCCAAAAUGAUGUACACAUAACAAACAGCUCUUAAAAAAUAAAUAAACUUUAAAGAUUUCAGCUUUCUUGGCUGGUAAUUAAUAAAGUGGCUUGAUGGAUUUAAUCAGGUUUAGAGGAUUACUGAAGAAAAGAUGUAUAUGAAGCCAUUCAUUGUUGUGUAUACAGCCAUUCAUUGUUGUAUAUGAAGUCAUUCAUUAUUGUGUAUAAAGCCAUUCAUUGUUGUGUAUGAUGCCAUUUAUUGUUGUGUAUGAAGCCAUUUGCUGUUGUAUAUGAAGUCAUUCAUUGUUGUAUAUGAAGCCAUUUAUUGGUGUAUAUGAAGCCAUUCAUUGUUGUAUAUGAAGCCAUUCAUUGUGGGCAGAUAGUACAACAAUAAUCUUAAGUAAGGGAAAUGACUGAAAACAAAUGAAGCUCCGUAGAAAGGUUUACUCCCCUGUACCUGUGCCGGGGGGGGGGGGGGGGGAACUUCUUUUAAAAAAAGAUUUUAAAAAAAAAAGCUACUUAUUUUUAAGGGAAAUGGAUUUAAAAAUUUAAGUCUACUUAUUUUUAAGAGAAAUGGAUUUAAAGAUUUGAUCUAGCUACCAAUCCUAAUUUUUAAUUUAUAGACCUGUAAUGGCAAAAAUGCAUUUCAAGUUAAACUAAAAAUUACAAUGUAUGAGAAAAAUUAAAGAUAAAAGUUUCAUUCUCAAAAUUAAUGAAUACAAAAGAAAUUUAAAAAAUAAGAUUAGUGACAUCUGUUUACACUUGAUGCAAAAAUUUUUUACUUUGUUAGUUUUUAAUUAGAAAAUUUAUAUACAGCAUUUGAUGUUCCCUUUUAGGUAUGCUGCUGUGGGCUAUUUAACUGUUACCAUGAUAUCCACCGGAGCUGUAGUAGCAGACAGCAGGGCUGGACUGAUUGAUUCUAAUGCAAGGAAUCUGACUCUUACUUCGAACUUAUAUGUUGGAUCACUGCCAAAGGAUCUAGAGGUGAUAGAUGGUGUUAAAAUAAGCAUGAGGUGUUACAAUAAGAAUGAGGUGUUAUAAUAAGCAGGUGGUGUUUAAAUAAGCAUGAGGUGAUACAAUAAACAUGAGGUGUUAUAAUAAGCAGGUGGUGUUAAAAUGAGCAGGUGGUGUUAUAAUAAGCAUGAGGUGAUACAAUAAGCAUGAGGUGUUACAAUAAGCAUGAGGUGUUAUAAUAAGCAGGUGGUGUUAAAAUAAGCAGGUGGUGUUAAAAUAAGCAGAUGGUGUUAAAAUAAGCAUGAGGUGUUAUAAUAAGCAGGUGGUGUUAUAAUAAGUAGGUGGUGUUAAAAUAAGCAGGUGGUGUUAAAACAAGCACUAUGAUCUAGAUCUUAAAAUACUUAGUGUUUAAAGGGAUAAUUUCCACCACAUAAAAUCCACUUGACAUUUCUUGAAUCUUGACACAAAGAUGAAAAUUAAAUUUGGUGUUCAUUUAAGUAUUUUAACUCUAAUUUAGCUUCAUGUAUUAAAGAUUAGCAAAGGUCUUGAAAUUUGUACAUAUUUCUAUAGGAUUCUGCACAAAAAUAUAACUUAUAAAAUAUUUUAUUAUUAUAAAGUUUAUAAAUAGAAUACAAUUAACUUUUGAAAUUUAUGAAGUUUGCAGAAUCAUCAUUAUCUAAUUCUCAUGUAGAGAUCCAAGAUGAAUAAUUGGUAUGUAUUUCAUAAUUUAGACAUCCAAGGUUACUAACAGAUGGUUCCUGGGAUGCCUGCAUAAUAUAGUCUAUCAGAGUCAAGAUGUCAGCCUGUGGACAACCUCUCUGACAACCAGCAACCCACCCAAAUGUUGCCAGACCCCACCAGCCCUUCCAGCCCCAUUUACCACACCUGGAUUGUCCUUCGACGGCUUCGGUCACAUCACACUAUAUCCUGGCAGGCUUUUGUUCUCUGACUUUAAACAAUUCAGUCUUGAGCUGCGAACCUUCUCUACAGAAGCCACAUUGUUCACAGUGUCUUCUCCUGACAAAAAAACUGUAUUUUCCAUCACAGUUUCUGCCAAGGCUGUUGUAUGGACAAUCCUGAAUGAUGGAGUGCAGUAUAAGUUAGUGAGUCCGUUACAGAUAGCUACUGGAAAAUGGGCUCAGGUGAGAAGAUUUUUAGUUUCUUAAUCACAUACCAAAUUUUAUGUAAAUACAUUUAUUUGUUAUGACUUUUCAAGUUGGUUUCCUUAACAAAUGUGAAUUAUUUAAAAAAUUAGCUAUGAUUAUAUUUAUUUUCAUGACAGAUUCUAGCCAUGAGAGAUGGAAAUGAAAUUCGGCUGGCUGUUAGAUACCUGGAUGACCCAGAUAGUCUGGUUGUGGCAAGCCAAACUACUACCUUCUUCCAGUUGAACCGACUCGAUGGAAGAAACCUGAUCUUUGGAUUAAAUUCUGAAACUCUUGAAACUGGGUUGGUACUUAAAAAAUAUGAACAAUGUUAAAAUUGCUAGCUCCUGGUUGCUAUAGUAAUUAAAACAGUUAAUGACUGUUUGUUUAAAUUAAAUUUACUGGAAAGAAUGUAUUUGUCAAUUCUUCUUGUUAUAAUUGAAUAUCCACUAAUAUUGCUUAAAUUUUACAAAUUUGAAAAAAAAAAUAAAAAAAUUUUAAAAGGCAUUUGUUUACUAGGAACAGAAAAAGCUUUUCUGUAAUAAUUCAGAAUGAUAGUGAAUAAUUUUAUGUCAAUUUAUUGAUAGAAAUUUGUGCAAAGAAAACAUAACUAAAAAUGUGUUCAUCUUUUGAAUUUUGCUUUUGUGAUCCUCAAAAACAUGUUUUUAAACCUUUAAUCCUGACAUUUUAAAAAAAGCCUUAAGUCUUCAAAAAUGUUGCUUUUCACAGAUAUGGAAAAGCAAAUUUUGCUGGAUGUGUGAGGAACAUUUCUAUCACUACAUCAACAGAAACUCAUCGCCCAACCUUUCCUGACUCAGUUCUUGAAUCUUCUGGGGUGAAAACAGAUGGCUGCUAUCUGAAUGUAAUGAUAAGUUAACAAACAGUUGUCUUCGUUUUUUUAUUGUCAAAAUUACUUUUAUUUAAUAUAUGAAUGAAAUAGGCAAUUGAUCAGCAUGAAUGUUAUAUUGUAAUUUAUAGUCUGUGACAGGGACAGCCACUCAGUAAAUCUUAAGUCAUCCUAAAAAAACAACUAAGAAAUGUAUGUUCUAUACAAUUAAAAAAUAUUAUGUAAAAUUUAGGCAGUUCUUUAGGGCACAUUUUAUUUGGUAUUCCUUAAUUUGCCAUAAAGAUAUUAAGUUUAUAAAGUGACUGAAUUUGAGAUUAAAAUGACAUUUUCCUUUGAAAAUAUAGAACAUAAUACAAAUAAGAUGAAAUGUAAGUUUUUCUAAACUAUUUUUCACUUUGAUGAACUAAUGUGAGACCCACUGAUUUCUUUGGUGUCAUCACAAUCACUAGUUGGUUGUUUGUUUUUUUUUUUAAUUUCCAAAAUGAAUUGUACCAAUAAUAAAUUGUAAUAACAUCAGUAACAACAGUUAAAAACAUAUUGAUAUCCAGGUUGUUGAAGGCCUGGGAUUCACCUCUGAGGCAUCAUACGCACAGUUUCCAACAUUAAAUCAACUGCAGCAAAUGAAAACCUUGGAGUUUGACAUCAUUACUACCCAAUCAAAUGGAAUGCUGUUGUAUAUCAGUGGUGAAGGAACUGUAAGCAUUUACCAAUCAUCUAUCUGGCUGCUCUAAUUUAUUAUAACAAGACCUUAUCACAUAUUUCCCUCAUCAUAGCUUGAAAAUGUAUGAAUCUUGAUGCACAAGUUGCUGUCUGUAAUUUGUUUUGUUCCUUACAAGUUUAGCAUAAGCAACAUUCCCUUUCCACCAAAAACGAUGACUAUUGCUUUUUAAGUUUUGUAAUUCGCUCCCUGAAAUUUGUUGCAUUGACCUAUUUUAUAAUAAUAUUGUUUGUCCUUCGCAUGUGAAGAUGACCAUAGUUAGAAUUGAGUCGUAGCCUUGACUUGAGCUAAAUUUUGAUUAUAGUGAGGGAGAGUUGCUCAAUUCAUCAGUUUGAUUCAUAAGCUUUAGUGGGGCAAUGACACAGGUGGAAAAAAAAGUUAUAAAAAUAUAGUUAGAUUACAUAUAAGUAUAUUAGAGACAUCAGAUUUACAAAAAAAAAUGGUUUGAAUGCCUGUUUAUUUUAUUUUCUUCCAUGCAUGAAAGAUGAGAUUUUUAUACAUGGCUGUUAUUGGUGGCAAUGUCAUCUUGGUGUACAGGCAAAAUGACACCGGUUCUGUCAUCAGUUCUGGUUAUUAUAUUAGUGAUGGCCAGAAACACACAGUCAGGGUAGACUUUUUAACAUUCAGGUUAGUCAAUGAACACUACAAAUAUAUUAUUGAUUUCAUUUUCCUUUCAGUUGUCUUUGUAUAAAACUGCACUAUAAAAUUUUAUAAUGUUAGGAUGAAAUGAGAAUUAAUCUGACUCAUGCAGGAAAUGUUAUGUAUAAAAUCAUAGAACAUUAUCUGUGAAAAAUUUCAAGAACUGUACAAUAAAUACUUGGUUUCUAAUGUCAUUAUAUCCAGGGUUGCUCUGAAAGUAGAUGACAUAUAUGUAGAAGCCGGGCAGACAUUGAGUUUGGACUAUUUGUCAUUCCCUGCAAAUGCUGUUCUUAUUCUUGGUGGAGUGCCUCCUACAGUAGAACUGCCACCUGAUUGUCCUGUCAAACAAUCCAUAAUUGGUGGCUUUUCUAGACUUGUGCUCAAUUCUGGGUUAGUGAUGGUUGUAAAAACUGAAUUUAAACUGCAUGUUGAGAGAUAUUAGAUUUUUUUUUUUUAAACAAUCCUAUGAACAGUCCUAAGUGCCAUAUUUAUUGCAGAAUGUAAAUUUUUGCUUUAUUUUUCAUGUUUCUUAUUUUUCCUCAUUGGGAAACUUCAAUGUAGUUUAUUAUACUUAGAAACAUUUUUUUUUUUUUUUGAAUUUCACAGCUCCAUUGCUUUUUCUGAGAUGAACUUUACAGCCCAGAUGGACAUAACUUUAGGUGGUAUAAUAGCCCCUUCUGGCAGCACCACCGCACCACUUGUAAAUGUGUCACAGAUGGUCAUAUGUGCUUCCAAGCCUGUUCCAUCUUUGUUGCCUUUGUCUGAUGGUGUUCUGUUCUCAGGGAAUGAUGGUCUUGUAUGGAAUAGUGUUAUUGAAAAGAAAAUUAUUGAAUUUUUUGAGGGAUCGUAAGUAUUUUUGCAAAAAGCUUUAGUUAAAUAAAAUUGCAUUAAACAGUUUUAUGUUCAAACAAAAAAUAUUGAAAAUUUCUUAGCGAUUCAUUUAACAAUGUGCUCACAUAAAUUGCAAAAUUUUAAAUCCUUAGUCUUUUCUCAGUUGCAUGCUUUAUUAAAUCAAUUUUUUAUGAAGCUAACAGUUUUUGCAAAGUUCUCUAUAUUAGUUUGCAAUUAGAACCUUCUAAUUUGAAACCAGAAUACCAAAGCACAUAUGUCAAGGAAUUGUGAAAUGUCUCUCUUUUCGUUCAGGUUUACCAUGAACAUAGAUUUAGCUGUGUACAAAGCAGAUGGAGUUUUGCUGUAUGUUGCUGACCUCAUAAGUAGCCCUACAACUUACUUCACAAUUUACAUCAUGGAUGGGAUCCUCCAUCAGGCUAUGAGAACCUCUCUUGGCACAGCUUUGGAUGUCAAAUUGUCCAAGGCCAUCAAUGAUGGGCAGAAGCAUCAGGUAACAUGAUUGUGUUUAUAUUUAAUAAUUCCAAGCUUCUGGCUCUUGCUGUGUUUGUUUCCCUGAGAAACCAGACAAAAACAAUUUUGAAAUAAAUAAAAUGAAAGACUUAUUUUAAAUCCUUCUCAAGAAACUUUAAAAAGUUUAAAAAGAAAGGCCAAAAGUCUAGAAAAAAAUUUCUUAGCAUUUUGUCACCUACCACAGAAUGUAAAUCUUUAUGUAAUUUGAAAGAGUUGAGGUAAUUUAUACCCAGGCAAUGAAUAUAAAUAGAAUUUCUUCAUGUUUACAUUUUGACACCAAAUUCAACUAUUGAUGUUUCAGCAAACUUGAAUAUUACAUUGAUUUUUUUCCAGAUCCACUUAAUGAGAAACAAUGACCAUGUAGCACUAAGUUUUGACAAUAGCACUAAAGACUAUGUCAACAAUAACCAGAAUGGAAAUGUAACAUCUAAUUUCACAUUCCCUACCACCAAUCAAGUCUAUCUUGGUGCAUUGGGUACUUACAAUAUCAUGACAUCGCCAUUACCUCAAUCUUUUCAGUCUCAGGCAAGUGACAAUUUUCAAUAAUCUUUGUGAUAUAUAUAUUAUAUCAUAUACAUAUAUAAAAGUUUUUAAAAAUUGUGUGGGUUUGUUUGUGGUUUUGUUUCACAAAGGCUUUUACAUGGAUUGAUGGAUCUUAACUAAACUUGGAACUUAUAUAUAUCAUUAUUCGAAAGGAACUCUAGGGGGGUUAUGAACUUUUUUUAACGUUCCAUUUGGUUCUGUGGGCCACAAAUUUUUUUUUUUUUUCCUUAUUUGAGCUAUGUAAAUAAAAUUAACAAUAAGUACUCCUGCAUGAAAGGAUUGAUCUUGACAAAACUCAGUUCACUUGAUUAGCCAUAUUCAAAUACCAAAGGGUACUGAACUCAUAAUAUCUAUUCGUCUGGAGCCGGGGGGUCCCAUUUCAUUUUUCCUUAUAUAAACUAUAUAAAUAUCAUUAGGCUUAAACAACACUUUAGGUUCUAUAUGAAUUGAUGGCCUAGCCUGGUAGCAAUACACUUCAUUGUCCAUAAUGAAAUAUCGGUGGAUUUAAAACUAAGAAUAUCCAAUCUAGAAUUUUCCAGAAAUUUUGAUAACUUUAAAAAGCUGAAUCUAUGGCAUUAUUAAAAAAAAAUUAAAUGGGACAACUUUUAAAUUUUAACUCCAUAAUUCAUCGGAAUGAUUUUUAUGGGGCCUCCCAUCUCAGGCUAAACUAAUUCAAUACAAUUAUGCAAUGGGACCCCACUGGGGCCCCUCAUUCAACUAUGUACUAUAGUUAUAUUAGUGCAUUUAGUUGUAUAAUUUUUCUUUUUCGAAGAAUAAUUACUUAGAAAAUAUGUUUGUUACACAUUUUGAGGAGGAUAUAAAAUUUAAUCUGGAGUGUUCCAGAAAGUUCUAUAUUGUUUUACAUGGAUAUAUAAUGUUAUCUAAAAGCUUUAUGGAAUGUUUGCUGAUUUCUAUACUUUCCUGGGGAUUGGCUCAAUAUCAUUUAGUUAUCUUUUGAUAAGUUUCAUAAAGAUUUUGAUCAUUCUAGAAGCUUUGAUUGGUUACAGUACCAAAACAGAUCCUAAUAUUAAAUGGAUCUCACAGAGAACUGGAUCUCACUUGUAACAAGAUCAAAAGAUUAACGGGAUCACAUCGCGAAAUGGGAUCGCAUCGGGUAAUGGGAUCCCAAUGGGUAAAGUGAUCCCACGGUGCAUAGAUUCUCAACAAGUAUGGGAUCCCAUUUGGGAAACAGGAUCCCACCGUAAAAGGGAUCCCUUUGAGGAAACAGUAAAAUACUUGGAUCAGAUUCCAAAAUAGGUCAGUAUCCCACUGAGAACAGGUUCUCAUUGGCAUUUGUGAUCCCAUUUGGAAACAGGAUCACAUAGCAAUCAGUAUCACAAAGGGAUCACAUGGGGAUCAGGAUUUCAUUGGGAAAGUGAUGCCUUUGGCAUUUGGGAUCCCAUCAAGAUUGGGAUCCCAGGGGGUCAGAAUCCCAGAGGGAAAAAUGAUCACACCGGAGUCUGGAUCCCAAUGGGAUCGGAAUCACACCGGGAUUGGGAUCCCAGCAGGAAUUGAAACCCAUCAGAAUAUGUGACACCAUUUUGAAAUGGGAUCCAUUGGGAUCUGGGACACCAUUUCGGGAAGGGAUCCCAUAAAAGAACAUUCAUAUAAGUAUAAAUUAUAAAUUAAAUUUACAUAAUAUUUAAAGAUAUCUUUAUAUAUAUUCUACCUAUACCUAAAAGUGAAAGAAAAGAAUAAUACUGCGCACAAAACCCUUAUGAAAACAAUGCUCAGACAAAUGGAAAGAAAGUGGGUGGAGGUACAAUAAAAAUUUAUAAUCAAACAGGAAAAAGACAUUGCAGCUAUGUUGAAUGUUGAAUUUGGUUUAUAGGCCUACCUUAUUGAAUCAACUUAACAAAUCUUUUUAUUAAUUUAUUUUCCAUAUAAAUUCAAUCAGGUGUAUUGCUUACAUACAACAUAACAAUAACUACAACAUCCAAUAUUCAAUUAUGGUUAGCAUUAUUGAAACGUUUAGAAACUGGACAAAGGGCUUGUUUAGUGAUGUUGUACAGGCCUUCUCUGAAAUGGUCUCCAAGGAGAUGACCUGGUAUUUUUUAUUUUUUUUAAUGACGGAAAUUUGUUGAAAUGUUUAAAUUUGUAUUUUGUGUAACCAUAACUAAAACUAAACAUAAAUUGUUUUAAUUACACAAAUUGUUUUUUUUCCUCAUUAAUCUCCGCUGCCCCUACAUAUAAUUUUCCUCACUUUUUACAAAUAAUGGUGUAAACCACUCUGCGACUUGUGCUAGUAACCCUCUUUGAUUCUGAAUAUUUCCAGAGGGAAAUUGAUUUUAUCAACUUCAAUCACUUUGGGGCAUGUACUACAAUGGCUAGGGUUGCAUCUUUUGGUGCCUAUACUAUACAUAUGCUUUAAUAGCAGGGGAGGUGUCUGCUAACAAGCUUGUCCUUAAGGCUCAUAUCAUCAUGCUUUACUUUCUUAUACCCUGGACAAAUUUUGCUUAUGGGCAUGAUGAAGUGGUACCAGUUAAAUCUUAAAUAAUGGUUACUUAUUUGUGUGUGGUGGGGUGGGGGAUGUUGUGAAGUCCCCCUUUGAUAUCCCAGUAGACCUAAAACCUUUCUACCCUUAUAUCUCCCCUUAAGUUCAUGUAUCUCUCACUUUGAAAACCACCAUGUUCAACUACAAGUGUCUUUGAACAGCAUGAAAAGUUUAUUUUACCCGUACUAGAUGAACAACACUAAUAAAUACAAUUUGAUUAUAUUUAUUUUUUAUAAUAGUUGGCCCAGAGAUUUUUCCUCUUUAUUUCCCAGCCAACCAAAGCAUAUUUUGCUGGAGCUAUUUAUAACUUGGAAAUUCAAGACACUCCAAGUACAAUAGAGACUCUACAUUUCAGGUAUGGCAAACUACAAAGAAUAAUUAUUAAUCAUUUUAUACUGCAACAAAAAGAAUAAUUAUCAAGACUUCUAGUUUCAUGAGAACCAUAUAACUAUUUAAGGACUAUUCUUUUCUUUCCAAAUUAUUUAUAUUAUUUCAUCCAUUAUGAUUUUAGAAUACUGCAUUUACCUAACAUAAUAUAUUAAUCAGCAUAUCCUUGUACGCUUUGAAGUUUUAAAUAUCAGGGGCAUGAUGUGUGUAUAUGUGGCGAUCAAUAAAUAUCAUUGGAAAAUAGGAGAUUCCCAGUAUAAAUUCUGUAUUAAAUAGGUUAACACAUAGGUUAUUAUAUUUACAAUAAACAGUAAAUAAUAUUAUGACAAGAAGAAUCUUGCAAAAAUUAUUGAAUGAACAAAAAUUAUAGUUGAUGAAAUUUAAAAUGCCUUUUCAUGUUUUCAAGUAGAUGCAUUAAAAAAUUGUAAUGUUGUAUUUAAAAUAAAUCAAUAAAUAGUACUCAUGAAUGUUUUUCUUUUUAAAGUAAUCUAAAUAGAAAUCUCUUUGGACCAGUAGCCAAAUCUGUUUACUAUGGAAUAUCUCUGACUGGAGUCAACUCAUAUCUUCCACUAGGUAUGUUCUUCGGAACUCAGAAUAGGCUGAUUGAUAUGUUAAAGGGUUGUUAGUUCAUUACAUAAGAAACAAUUAACUCUUGGCUGACUACAUCUCUUACUUUAAAAAAAAGUAAAACAAAAAGAUUUUGUGUAGUUUAGAUUUAUCUGUUUAAAAUGUCCAUUGUUAUGUCAUCUUGUUCUAAAAGUCAUGUUACUAUUGCUUAGGUGUUGCUUCUACAUGGGACAGCCUAACCAUUGAAAUGACUCUUACUACUGUCUCAAAUUCUGGACUGCUGAUGUUAAUAUAUGAGAAUGCAAACAAGUUUUUAGCUAUGGAUUUGAAAAAUAAUCAGGUUUUUUUCAUCUAUUGUAACAAUAACUUUGUUGAAUUCAUCCCAGAAAAUAAUAAGUAAACCUAUUCCUUCAAUAUUUAAAACUAUUUCUACAUUAAGAUUAUUUACCAAGAAUAAAUAAUAGUUACAGAAUUUGUAAGGCAUGCUAUUUAUUUACUGAUGAAUGUAAUGUCAAUUUUUUUUUUUUUUAAUAUUGUACUUGAAAUUUUAAAAAAUAUUGUCUCAAACAAUUAAACUGUAAAUGUCUAAUUUUAUUACUAGUUAGGAUUUCAAAUAGUUAACCUAUUCAUUGAGGUAUUAUUUAAUGGUACUUUUCUCAAUGUUUGCCAGAUCCGUAUUCAUCUGCCUUCAUCAUCUGUGAGUGGGGGGCAACCUUUGACCAUUACACUUGAUACAUCAAGCAAUUUGUGCAAUGGAGUUAUCCAUAGUCUUCAACUACAGUUUGUUAAUAGUCUCGUAAAACUGACAGGUAUUAAAAUUCUGUAUUUAUGUUGUUAACAGUCUGCUCUAUGAAAAAUAUUUGAUUUGGUACAAUUUUGGGAUAGCAGUAGUAAAAUAUUUGCAAGGCCGUCUGGCAUUUAAAUCAAAUUCAAUAUGAAAUAUUUAAAUGUGUAUUUCUUUUUUAUUAAUAAAAUUAUAGUGUCAGCAAUUUGUUAGAAGCAUAUUUUAUACAACAAAAUUUUUUAAAAUAUAUGAAAUGAAAACUUCACAUCAAGCCUUCUAUGAAUGUAAUCAAAUGGAACACAUUGGUUUAUAAUCUUCUGUUAUGUAUUAAAAAUUGGAAUUGUAUUUGAAUUUGCUGGCCUUUAAAAAAAAAGAAAUUUCUGUGAUAGCUACAAAGGAUCGGUUUGAGGCCAUAUAAUUAUAAUCCACAAAAUCCUGUAAAAUUUUAAUCAAAAUUGAUAUGGGCUCUUUAAAAUUGAUAUGGGCACUAACAGCAAUUAUCUGUUAUUUGUGUUAAUCCACCAAAAUUGCUUUGCUGGUAUUGCAGCUGACAACCAGGUUAGAGCAGCCAGAAGUAUCCCAGAUAGUUACAAACUUCAAGCUUUGUCAAAUGCCCAGUUGUUUGUUGGUGGAGUCACAGGUAUCUUAGUUUCUGCAAAUUAUCUUCAUCCUAAAACCAAAAUUCCAUAAUUAAUAUAGUAGUUUACCAAACAAAAGUUAUUAUUCAAUACACAUUUUAUGUCAGCAAUAUUUGCUGCAUAACUAAUUUAAAACUCAUCUUUUCUAAGUAUGGAUGUGACAAAUUAUGUGAAUGUGUCAUUCUGACAGGUCAAUUCCAAGGGCUUCCACAAGAACUCACCACUGCAAGUCUCUCAGCAUGCAUUAUGUCUGUAUCCCUGAGCAACCAGGGUUUAUCUAUCAGGAACUUUGACCCCACCCAAUACGUUUUAACAAAUUCAACUGAUUAUGGGGCAUCUUACAGCUGCCCUCAUUAAUGUGAUGUUAAAUCAUAACUGGACUACAUCUUAUCAAUUUUCUCUCUAUCUUUUUUAAAACAAAUUUUCCUUUAUUAACUAUCCAAGCAUUAGAAGUGGAAUGAGGGGGGUGCACUAGUUAUCACCAUUAUAAGUGGUGAUGACUGAUUUAAUUCAAAAAUUUUUAAAUAAGUUGUAUUAAUUAAUUUUAUUAUAAUAAAAUUAUUUCAAGUUUGUCAAAAAAUAAUCUUUGCUCAGUCAUUCUCUUUUUCACUUCAGAAUAUCAAAAUGCUUAAAUAUUUAUUUAUUUAAGCAUUUUUAUAUAGAGCUUACCAUAAAGCUCUAAACGCUUUACAAUUAUUAAAAACAUGUAAACUAAGUAAAAUAAAAAUGAGACACUAGGAUAGUAACUACUAUCAAUAAAUAUCAAUAAAUCUGAGUAUGGUGAGUUUUCCUCGAGAAAGAAUUCUUAAAACAUCAAUUGAUAAUCAGAAGAUAAUAUGCAAUCUGUAAAAGUUAUAAAAUAUUUUUUAAAAAGUAUAGAAAAAUAAUUAUUAGGAAAGAUAAUACAUUUUGAAAGUGUUAUUUAAAAAUAAAAUAUUUUGUAUUUUUUAUUUUAUUUUUUUUAUUUUUUUAAGAGUUAUUGUUGAGGGAAGUUUAACAUCGUGUGUAACCUUAACCAGCUAUUCAGCUGCUGGUGAUACCUCUGUUAAUUAUAACUUUAUUAAGGUGUAGAUGUUUGUCAGUGUAGUCCGUGUGAAUAGUCUUAACAAACAAUUCUUGAAAAUUAUUUUGUAACAAAAUUAAUUUUAAAAAGAUAUUACAAACAAAGGUUUUUGGAUUUAGUUAAAUUUGAAUUUUAGUUCUUUUGUAGUUCAUAGUUUUCAAAGUCACAUUACAAUUCUUGUAAGUAAUUCUUCAAAUAUGUCUCGAACUUGUUUUUUUUUCUUUGAAUUUAAAAAUAAAAUUAUUGAUUUAUAACAAAAUAA